AUGAAUGUAAUUUUCAGGCAUGUACGUUCCUCACAAUUAAAAUCAGCAUUUGCUGAUGCAAGUUUAAGACAUAAUGAAAUAUUAAAUUUAGAAGCAAGUAUUAAAGAACUUAAUGAUUUAUAUAAUGAUAUGAAUUUUCUCAUACAUAUACAGGGUGAAAAAGUGGAUCGAAUUGAUCAAAAUACAAAUAAUGCAUUGAAUUAUAUAUCAACGGGUAAUGAACAAGCACGAAUAGCCGUACAAUGUCACCAAGCAAUAAUGCAAAAAAAAUUAUAUUGUAAUAUUGGAUUGAUAAUAAUUAUUGGUUUAAUUCUUAUCAUUCUUAUCACUUACUUCUCUAUCAAAUGA